CACUUUUUUGUGCAUCAUGCCGAUUGAUGUCACGACUUCCGAACGAGGGCGCGCUGCCUGGAAGAGGAAGAUUCAAGAGCUGGCCGACAGAGGCAUUCAAUUGGGUCAGCUACUGGAGUUUUAUGAUCUCCUGGGUCGUGGAUCUGUGAUGCCAGGCUUUCAUCCUCUCCGCAGCACCACCAACGAUGUGGUUCGGCAGGCCAUCAUUCCUUUGUCAGCUCCCAGGCAGAUGUCUGGACAUGGGCAGGCGUAUGCGUCCAAGCUCGGACAUCAUGGGCAGCCGGCGAGCAGAAUGGUGACACACAACUGGAACAAUAUCUUCAGCCACCUUGUAGCCUCAGUUCUGGCGGAUGCCUUUGACGUACCGAGCUAUGCUCCAUUCCUGUUGCACCUGGGCGAGAGGCUUCCAGCCCUUAGGGAUGAGUUGCGCAGGAGAGGUCAGAUGGAAGUCAGCUAUUGGAUUUGUGCGUUCACGGUAAAUCAGCACGCCAGCAUUUGCGGAGGCUUUGGACCAGCCCCGAAGGGACAAGAAUUCCUCGAGUGGGACCGGAAACGUUAUGAUUCUGUCACAGGUGAGUUGUAUCCAUUGUGCAGAUGCGCUACUCCAAAGUUUUUCAAUGCGGACUGGGACCUGACAGAGCUCAACAAGUUUGACCCCAUGAUGGCAAAGAUGUCGAGUCGGUACCCGGACAUGAGGCAGGUCAUUGCUGUGGAUGAAGAUUUGGACAUUUUUACGCGUGCUUGGUGCAUUGCGGAGAUUCACAUGGCAUACAAACUCCAAAUUGCACAAUCGGUCAAGUUGCAUGAUCUGGACAUGGUGGUAGAGACAUCCAGCUUUGAUGACAUUAAAAUUCAAUUUUGCAAAGCCUCCAGAAAGGAGGAUGUAGAUGAGAUUUUGUCAAAGAUCGAUGACCAAGAGAGGUUUAACCAGGAGGUCAAGACCUUGUUUAGCGAUCCGGAGGAUGGCAUUCUUGCCAACCCCUUUGCACACAAAGCGCGGGAGCUGGCAGGGCGAAGCAUUGAGUUGGACAACCUCCUGCAAUUCUACAGCUCUUUGGGUAAAACGAUGAUGCCCCACUACCAUGCUCGUCUCAGCACCACGAAUGACGUGGUCCGACAGGCAAUCAUCCCAGGGUCUGUAAUUCAUAAUCCAGGGGACGCGGAGCCAGCCAGUUUUCAGGUGCUUCCCCUACUAAACAAGAUGGUUGGGGCAUUGAUCUCCGUAGAACCCUCAGCUGAGGGCAAACGACUUUUCGGUGCUGCUUAUUCUACCAUGCUGAAACCAUGGGGUGGCAACCUGGCAUGCUGCUAUGUGAGCGAUGACUGGUGUAUGCCAUUUGCCAUGUUGAUAGCAAGAAUUGCUGCACACGCACUGAAUUUGUCAACCUUUAAUCGGGUGUUUGAGCUGUUGUGUGAACGCGAAGGCGUCCAUGAAGUUGUUCUUGAGGUAAUGUCCCACAAAGCGGGUUCUCGCGCUUAUUGGUUUGACCCCUUUUGCAUCAACCAUCACACUGGCACAUGCAGCCGCAAUCUUCACUACGAAGAUUGUGUCACAGGCGAAAAACAUCCAGCUUGUGUUUGCGGCAACCGGAAAGUGUUCAUUGCGAGGCAAGAUGUCGCUCCAGGUCCAGGUGUCGCUGACUUGUGCGAAAUGAACAAAACUGAAGAAGUGCUAAGAAUUUUGCACGCGAAAGUGCCAUCUUUCCGCUGCAUUUUUGUUGUCGAUUCUGACUAUUUGUCGCGUGCCUGGUGCAUCCAAGAGAUAGUCUUUUCGAGGCAGAUAGGCAUUGCUGUGGAGGGCAUGGUGAAAGACUACAAUGGUGAAAGACUACAAUGGGUGGAGUUUGACUUGGGGACACUGGUGGGCAUUCAUCCAGAGGAUGUUAGGUAUGUUCAAAGUCGUGUGCUGGACCAUCGUGAGUUCAAUGCUUUUGUGCAUCACCUAUGUGCCAAAGCUUUUUUUUCUGCUCGUAAGGAGGCGUCUCAGUUUGAGCCGGGCCUUUGGCAGAGCUUCUUGCAACGCUUGGUGUGCAGGCGUCCACCACCCGCAGAGCCCACUCCACGGGACUCCCGCUGAACAUGCGGGGCUUUGGUCCGGAUAUGUUCGCAUAGUGUCCAGCCUGCGCUUCUCCAUGCCCCUUGAAUUGGGUGACACUUGAAUAUCUAAAAAUAUGUCUGUCGCGGUUUUUUCAUAUGCAGUGAAAA